GGGGCGGGGGGGGGCGGGAGGCCGGGCGUGGACGUGCGCCUCCCCGAACGGACGCCACAGCCCUCGGGUCCUGAUGAGCAAAAGCCUGGGAGAGCAGGUGACUCCUGACCAAGAAGGAUGAAUGGUGUCUGCUGGUGGGCAACAGAUGGAGGAAGGCAGCGCCCACCCUGCAGCCUCCUGGGCUGUGCCUAAUAUCAUGGAGGCCCACGAGAGUCCAGCUAGGACCAAGAGCUUGCCGGCCUCCCCCUACAAAGAGGUUCACAAGGACCCUGAGGAGGUCAUCUGUCCUCCCUCUUUGAUUUUAGACUUGAGUAGCAGUGGUCUGAGUCAUGUGGGAGAGGCCUUGAAAACCCCCAACCUUCAACAACUGUACCUGCAGAGGAAUGCCCUGUGCGCCAUCCCUGGUGACUUCUUCCAGCGGCUGCCCAGCCUGACGUGGCUCGACCUUCGCUUUAACAAGAUCAGGGAGAUUCCCACUGGCAUCGGAUCUCAUAAGCAUUUGAAAACUUUGCUUUUAGAGAGAAACCCUAUCAAAAUGUUACCUGUGGAGCUGGGGAACGUGGCUACGCUGAAGGCGCUGAACUUGAGACACUGCCCUCUGGAGUUCCCCCCUCAGCUGAUUGUGCAGAAGGGCUUGCUGGCCAUCCUGACCUUCCUACGGAUCUGUGCCGCAGAUAACAGCUCCAGAGACACAGCUCCUCCUCCAGAGGCCUCACCAGCUAAGAAGACGGGCCCGAAUGAGCUCCCGGCCCUCGGAGUGGCUCUACCCCCGGAACGCGUGUCUGCUGAAGAGGCCGUCAGUGUGCCCGAGGCUGUGCUAAAGGGAAAGGAUAACUUCCUCCCACCUGUUGACAGGCAUGACCCGAGCGAGCUCAGAAUGUCCACCGACCCCUCAGAGCAGUGGCCCAGCAAGGAGGAAAUCCGGCGCUUCUGGAAGCUGAGGCAGGAGAUUGUUGAGAACGGGAAAACCAAGCUUCCUGGGAACCAGCUCCUGCCGGUUGAGCUGCCUCCUAAUAUCAGGGCAGCUUUAAAGAGUAAGGACAAGGACUACCCGCGGCCCAGGGACAUGUUCAGGAGGAAGACUGCCUCCUUCAAGAGCAUCUUCCCUGCCCUUACAUCACAGUACCAAAUGAGACUUGAGGAGAGUCGCAUGGCCGCGCUCAGGGAGAUCCAGGAGAAGCAGGCUCUGGCGGAGCAGCGGCGAAGGGAUAGAAAAGCCCUGCAGGAGUGGCGAGAGCAGGCCCAAAUGAAGAGGAAGAAGAAGCCUCCCAGCAUCCUCUUGCCUCUGCAGAAGAACACGGUGGCACCCAAGAUCCCAUUCACCACAAAUCUUGUAAACCAGGGGCAAGUUCCAACAAACCCACUUGAGAGGGUGAAACAGAGGAAGGAGAGACCAGUGCAAGAGAGAACAGAUGCAAGUGCCUCCCGGUUGGCGGAUCUGGAGGAGAGGAUUCGGCAGCACAUAAAGCAGCUGCAGGCGCACAGGAGGCUGCAAGGCACCGACCUGCUGCAGGAGGUGAGGACAGCCAUCCAGGACCUGGAGACCGCCAAGAAGCUGCAGGCGGAAGUGAUGAAGCUGAAGCUGGAGUCGACCUCGAACAAGGGGCACCCGCUGUCGGCGGCGCUCAGCGGAAGCCGCUCGCGUCACUCACCAGAACCGCAACCCCAAAAUGUAUUUUUUGACGGGAAGUCGUAAGCCACAGGGGGUCCCGGCAGGGAGCA